CAUGCAAUAAUUUCCACCCAAGACCGGUCGGUGACCUUAGAAGGAGAUAAAGCAAGCUCAUGUAAGCCGAAAAUGAGAUGAAACUUUUGAUACGAGUUUAUAUCGUGCCAUCGAGGAUGGAAGCUCUCGGGCACAGCUUCCCCACCGCCAUCGUCUUCUCCCGUCCGACGCGCAGAGACUGCCGAUGCGGAAGCAGCAGCUGGAACAGGCUUCCCGGAAGAGGCUUUGCGUCGCCCUCCAAAAAGUUGAGCACGGUAAUUAAAAUGGGCGCGGCAGUGGGCGGAGAAGAGGAAGAGGAGACAAGGCAAGCGAAGGAGAUGGCCGCGGCCAGGAGAAGAUGGGAGACUCUGAUUAGGGAGCAGAAAGUUAAGGUCCUCACACCGAGAGAAGCUGGUUAUGCAAUUCAACUUUCCAAUAAAGUCCUUCUUGAUGUUCGUCCCUCAGUUGAACGCAACAAGGCAUGGGUUAAAGGCUCCACUUGGAUACCCAUAUUCGACGUUGACAACAAUGUGGACUUUGGAGCUCUUUCCAAGCAAAUAACAAAUUUUGUUAUGGGAGGUUGGUGGAGUGGCAGUCCGACAUUAGCAUAUGAUAAGAGCUUCAUACCAAAGGUUGAGGAGAAAUUUUCAAAAGAUACUGACAUUAUUGUGGCUUGCCAAAAAGGUUUGAGAUCCCUUGCGGCUUGUGAGCAGCUAUACAAUGCUGGUUUUCGAAACCUAUUCUGGAUACAAGGAGGUCUGGAAGCUGCUGAAGAAGAGUUGGACAGAUCAGCAACGUGCGUUAGCUGCGAAAGAAGGAUGGAGUUAUCGAUUAGUUUUCACCGGCCGUCUGAUUGGCCUUAUUAUCUUAGUGGAUGCGUUGUAUCUUGGGACUCAAAAGUUAGGCCCUCUGCUUCAAGAACUGCGCUCUCAUUGAGGGGACGAUUUUCGGACUUCUUGUGGUGCUGUAGAUGUGUAGUCAUAAUCUUCACAGCAUGCGGUGAAAUUGUGUAUAAUUUUCCAAUUUGUUUGGAGUUGGUCGAGAGUUUUUUCUGCUCAUAUGUUCAACCUCAUCAGAAAGUGUAAAAUUACAUGCAUCCCCUUCAACCUCUUAACAAUAAUCUAUUCGGGCUCUUGUUUUCAUUUUUCUUUCCCUUA